AUGGAUGAUCGAUACAUAGUCAGCGUUGCCUGUGUAUUGAGCACAUCAUCACUAAUGCUUGCUAGCAUCUCACAUGAGAUUUGGCAAUUGUAUAUCUGCAUUGGAGUGUUGACAGGGUUUGGAACCUCGUUAAUGUGGUAUCCUUGUAUGCAACGGCCCUUAGAAUGGUUUUCAAAACGUCGCUCAUUAGCAACGGGAGUUGUUAUUGGAUCUCUUGGAGUAGGUGGCUUGACUUUUUCCAACGUGAUGACAGCAUGCCUGGAAACAAUUGGGUAUGCGUGGUGUUUACGCGUUCUUGGCUUUCUUCAAUUGGCGCUUGGUGGUAUCGCUGCUAUAUUAUGCAAGCCGCUAAAUCGACCAACAAAGGGUGUUGCUAUUGUUGACUUUGCCCUCCUUCGCAAUAAGAGAUACGUUUUGUUGCUAGGGGUUCAUUUCAUUGGUGCAUUUGCUUUCGGCAUUCCAGGGGGAUUUCUACCACAGUAUGCACAAUCUCUUGGUGUUGAUACUUGGUCUGCCACAAACAUGAAUGGCGUGCUGAGCGCAUGCAUGUCCGUUGGAUCCAUUGUAGUUGGUUACCUUGGUGAUCAUGUCGGACUUUUCAACAUGACAGCUUUAUCUGGUUGCCUUGUUUGCCUAUUUCAGUUGACCAUUUGGUUGACCGCUACUAAUUCGGCAAGCCUAUGGGCUUUUGCCGUGGCUAUGGGCAUCGCUCAAGGUGGUAUUAAUACCCUUGUGGUGGCUAUAAUACCUGAUUGCGUCAACGAUCCUAGCAAAAGACCAGCUGGCACGGGAUGGGCUUUAUUCAUGUGGACCUUUGGCUUGUUGCUAGGCCAACCUCUUGCUUCCGCCAUCGUCAGUCGUACUGACAUACCUGAUUAUCGAGGGGCCAUCAUAUUCUCAGCUAUGCUUGUUUUCACCAUGACAUGUUUAGUUGUCGCUAUUCGAGUGCUACAUAGUGGAUGGCAUCUUUUUAAAAGAGUAUAG